AUGUCCAUCUUGGUAACAGAGGAAGAUGCAGUGACUUUCAAGUUUUUUGACAGACGACAAUGUGAGAAGGAGGAGUCGUUUGGCUGGAGCUAUCCCGAGCUCAAGGCACAGGGUUUCCCCUGCAAGGCAUUUGUAGGGCCCUUGUUCAGACUGCCGUAUAACUUGAAGGAAACCACGAUCAAAAUACCUGUUACUGUGGUUCAUGCACACGUUAUCCCAGGCGGCGGACUCUUGCUGUGCUUCUACAUCCACCACUCUGUUACGGAUGGUCAGGGCAUACACAACUUCAUCUCGACCUUUGCUGAUUUCACCCUCCGCAACGAGACGGGCGUCGAGAACGGUGUCGCCGAGAACAGCGUCGUCAAGAAGAAGAGGGUACGGUACCGGGUCGCCAAGAACCUUGUCUCCAAGAAAUCUUUCGUCAAGAACGAUGGCCCUCAUCCUGCGUACUUGAGCUUGCUUGAGGAUGUUGUCGCGAGCGGUGUUGCAAACGGCGCCGAGAAUCACCAAGCCAGGUCUGAAUAUCCCACCGACAUAGACGUGGACAUACCCAACUACCACACAGCUGCUUUACUCGAGAAGUUCUCUUUUCAAGAACUCAUGGAGCAAUGUCCCGAAUACACCCUUCUUUCCAAGCCGACGGGACCAACCAUGCCAUACAACCGCCCAGAACGGGAUCCACCGCUUCGCGACGUGACCAAAACGGGCCGCAUAUUCAAGUUCAGCCCGGAAAAGAUUGGAGCACUUCGAGCCAUGGCGCAAAAUUGGACCGACAGCCGUGUUAGUACGUUUGCCUGUCUGGCGGGUCUUACAUGGUCCUUCUGUACCGCCGCACGAGUCGAUAGGUACAUUGAAAAUGAGCGUGGCGUCGCCGGCGAGACAAGUCUUCUCGUCCCAGUAGCUUGGACAAGGAGGGCAUUCCGAAACGAACUGCCUGGAUAUGCAGGCAACGGGGUUUGCAUGGCCAGGACCUGCGCCGACAUGGACACUCACUUGGCGAUUGCUAACGGGAAGCCAAGCGCAACGGCGUCGGUUUCGGCGGCGACAAAAGAAGAGCAGCUGGGCAGACUGAUGUGCUCCAUCGACACGGCAAUAACCGCUAUUGACGACGGAUUCGUGGCGACACGGACGGCCAUGUUUCGAGCCGCCAAGGAUGCUCGAUUGAUUGGCCUCAAUCUUGAUUCCCGAUCCCCUCGGGACUUUAUUGUGAACUCGUGGCGCCUUUUUGGAGCCGAGGAUGUAUUUUGGUUUCCGGGGCUGAAGGCCGAGGGCGAGUCAAGCUCCCGAGGAAGGACAGCUGAUGCGGUGCGUCGCUCGCAGCCAAUUUGGGGUAUGGAGGCCGGGCUUGUGCUGCCAGGGAAGCGAGAUUCGGAUUACGAGAUAUUGGUGACGCUGGACGAGGCGUCGAUGAUGCGACUGUUGGCCAACGAGGAGUGGAACAAGUGGGUGGGCGAUGCCGAGACGAUUGAGUAG